AUGAAGGGCACCCCCAGCUCCCUGGACACCCUACUGUGGGUCUACCACUUCCACAGCUCCACCGAGGUGGCCCUGCAGCCCCCACUCCUCUCCUCCCUGGAGCUCGCCGCUGCGGCGGCCCACGAGUAUCUGGAGCAGAGGUUCGGCGAGCUGGGGUCCCCGGAGCCUGGGGAGGCGGCAAAGCCGCCCACCCUGGGUCUGGUGCUGAGAGAAGCCGCGGCCAGCAUCGUGAGCUUCGGGGCCGCCUUGGUCGAGAUCUCAGCCCUGUGGCUGCAGAAGGAGGCGCGACGGCUGGAGGGUGGCGGCGGCCCAGGUGUAGCCCCAGAAACUGGGGAUCCGGGCGGAGCGCUGGCCCGCGUGGCUCAGGCUGCGGGGCGAGGUGCCCGGCAAGCUGGGGUCGCGGCGCGGGUGGGCGCCCGGCUCCUCAUGCAGGGCGCGUGGCUGUGCCUGUGCGGCCGGGGGCUACAGGAGUCCGGCCCUUUCCUGCAGCAGUGGCCAUGCCAGCCCGGAAACUCGGGAGACCUCCUGCUGGCCGACGACGGGGGACCUGAGGCUCCACCACCAUCCCAGCCCCACCCCGCACCCAAAUAA